AUCGCGCCUCUAGCGGCUAAAUCGGUUGUCAUGGUAAUAACAAUGGCGGAGAGUAGAGAAGAUGUUGACAACAAGAUCGGCUUAGGUUGCGCUUUAGAGAAGUUCGAGGAAUACGUUGAAAUAAACGAAAUAAUCGAGAAAUUACCGGAAAUUUACACGGAUACGAUCACAUCCGAGUUAUCUUACGAGCGAUUCGUUUAUAUCCUCGACUUAUAUCAGGAGCAGCCUUACUUGCUGUAUCCUUACUUGGAUCAACUCCUUUAUAAAUUACUUUCUUACUCUAAAAAGGAUACAUGCGACGAAUUGAAGCAUCUGGCCUUUAAAUUGCUUUAUGUCAUUGUUAAAGUCGGUCAUCACAAAUUACUGGUCAAGUAUUUCCCGCACGAGGUUGCCGAUGUCGAACCAGUUUUGGCAUUAUUAGCUCAACAGAAUCCAUCUGAUUUUAAUACUUGGGAAACCAGAUACAUUCUUCUACUAUGGCUUUCAGUUAUUGUGCUGAUACCGUUUCACAUGGAAAGAUUAGACAGCGGAAUGGAAAUCGACGGGAUCAGAUCCAAGCCGAUAUCACUCAGAAUAAUGGAAGUCAUAAAACAGUAUCUCAGUGUGGGUGACAAAGCGAGAGAUGCCGCGGCUCUUCUUGCUUCUCGUUUUUUGACUCGUCCCGAUAUGAAGAAAGAAUAUUUACCGGAAUUUCUGGACUGGGAAAUCAAAAAGCUAAAGGAAAUAAAUUCUGAAACUACUGCAGCUGCAGAGAAUCUUCAAAUAGGAAUUCUAGCAACUUUGGCACUUUUAUUCAAGCUCGGUAAACGUGAAGACAUGAAACAAUACGGCAAAAGCGUACUGAAAAGUAUAUUAGAGUGUAAUUUCCAAAAUAGUAAAAAUGCUCUUGUUCAGAAGUUAAUGUUAAAGCUUAUUCAAAGAAUAGGAUUAAGUUUUAUGCAAAGCAAACUGGCUGCUUGGAGAUACAGUAGAGGCAGCAGGUCUUUAACUGCCAAUUUGAUUAGUCUAAAUAAACCAGAUAAUUCAGGAAUGUUCAAUCAUAUCACUGAAGAUGAAGAGGAGGAGGAAGAUUAUGACAUUCCUGAAGAAAUUGAAGAUAUUAUUGAACAGUUAUUAGCAGGAUUACGGGCAAAACACACAAUUGUCAGAUGGUCAUCUGCGAAAGGCAUUGGUCGAAUAACCAGUCGUCUUCCAUGGGAACUUGCUGAAGAUGUUAUAUCUUCAGUACUAGAAUUAUUUUGUCUCAGAGAAAGUGAUACAGCUUGGCACGGUGGCUGUCUUGCUCUAGCUGAAUUAGGAAGGAGAGGAUUGAUUAUUCCUUCACUCUUAGAUAAAGUAAUACCUGUUGUAUUGAAAGCUUUAGUUUAUGAUGAAUUACUCGGAAAUUAUUCUGUUGGCGCACACAUUAGAGAUGCUGCAUGCUACGUGUGUUGGUCUUUUGCACGUGCUUUCGAACCUGUUAUAUUAAAACCUUAUGUUAAAGAUAUUGCGACUGCUCUUGUUGUUACAUCUGUAUUUGACAGAGAAAUAAAUUGUCGUAGAGCAGCUUCUGCGGCUUUUCAAGAAAAUGUCGGCAGGCAGGGAACUGUUCCUCAUGGAAUAGAUAUCCUCACGACUGCUGAUUAUUUCUCAGUUGGAUCUCGUCCAAAUGCUUUUUUAAAUCUCAGUGUGUACAUUGCACAGUUUGAAGAAUAUGCUCAACCACUUAUUGACCAUUUACUAAUAUGUAAAGUUAAUCAUUGGGAUCAAACAUUAAGAGAACUUUCUUCGAAAUCACUUCAUAAUUUAACACCUCAAGCUCCCGAAUAUACAAUAACAAACGUUUUACCGAAACUUCUAACAUUAUCUCUCUCCAUGGAUUUAAAUACAAGGCAUGGAGCCAUUUUAAGUGUGGGGGAAGUGAUACACGCUUUAUAUAAAUUGGCUAAAGAACAAGGGAAAACUUUAGAAGAUUUUGGAAUUGAAGAUUGUCUACAGAAAAUCAGGGAUAUUAUAUUUAUUCUGAAAGAUAGAAAUCUGUUUCGUGGAUUGGGAGGAAUAUUAAUGAGACAGGCCGUUUGUACUCUGAUAGAAAAGGCAUCCAUUUCUGCAUUACCUUUUCAUUCGGACACCGAACUUUUAGAUAAUUGGCAAGAAUUAAUAGACAGCUGCCUUAGUCAAGUGGAUGGAGAUGUCAGGAAAACAGCAGUAUCAGCUGUUCCUCACUUCUGUUUACAAUAUUACAUUAAUGAGGAAGCAGCAACAUUGUUGCUGGAUAAUUAUCUACAGAAACUUCAUGCUGGUUCUGAAGAAGCUCGUUGUGGUCACAUCUGUGCAAUAGGAUUAUUGCCUAAACAUGUUUUAAUUGGAAAGGUGAAUAAUGUAGUGGAUAGUUUGAUUCGCUGUACAAAACUACCCGAAGGAGAGGCGACGUUGGUUGAAGUUAAACGAGACGCUCUGAAGGCAUUAGAUAACGUGUGUCAUACGAUCGGUAUAGAAAUGCCAGGAAGUGGGGAUACUAUUCUGAAUAGGAAUCAUUUGCAAACGAUAUACGAUUGUCUCCUAGAAGCAUUGAAUGAUUAUACUUUGGACAGUAGAGGAGACGUAGGGACUAUUGUUAGAGAAUCAGCAAUGGUCGCUAUUCAGGACAUUACUCAGUUAAUAGUUGCUAAAGAUCCAUUGUCUCUCACUGAAAACCUCAUAUCUUCAAUUUUCUGCGGUAUUUUAAAACAAUGCGUAGAGAAGAUCGAUAGAACGAGAGCUAUUGCUGGAAAAACAUUUUCUACUCUACUACAUUUUGUGCCAGAAAUUCCUUACGUACCAUACAGAAAGAAGCUAGAAGAAAUAUUUCCUAAAUCACUUUGUGAAGACAUAAAUUGGUCAUCGCCUGCUGACACCUUUCCCUAUUUCGUGCAGCUGUUAUCAUUUGAAAAAUACACUUACAACUUAUUGUUGGGUUUGACCGUAAGUGUGGGAGGAUUGACCGAAUCGUUGGUAAAACAUUCCUAUUCUUCUCUUGCAAACUAUCUUAAUGGAAUUAAAUCCGAUUGCACACAUCUGAAAUACAUAUGUGAUACAUUGGUACAAAUUCUAUCAAAUAACCUCCAAAACGAACGGAUAAUAGUAUCGUACUUUAGAAUGAUGGAUCUUCUUCUUAUGUCGGGAACUCUGAUUUCGAGCGAAGAAGAGAGUGCCACUUUCCUAACAAAUAUCUUAGACUUGUGCUGGAAGGCCUGCUCCAAAUCGACGGAUCCCCAAAAGUUAAUAGCUUCUGUCGACGUGUUCUGUGAUCUCUUACAGUUCGAAUGCAUCUCCCAACGCUCUCUGAGUUACCUCGCCAUAUUUUUGUGUCACAGGUUUCCGAGAGUCCGCAAGGUCACGGCCAGCAAGAUAUACGAAGCCUUACUGUCCUACGAGAACGUCGUCCCCGAGUCUUCCUUGGACGAGGCCAUGGGUAUACUGAGUGAGACAAAUUGGGACGAUUCUGUAAAUACUCUACGUCCAAUCAGGAAUAACUUCUGCGAACUCUGCAACAUCAGCCCUCCCAAGAUCGUCAAGAAAACUUAAUUAAUAAAGAUCAUCCGACUAACCUGCUUUGGUCAUAAUUUUCGCCACACCCAUUUUAAAGAUCUUGAAUAUUUUUAUUACACAUGCUAACGCUUAAAUAAUAGUUACUGAUACUUAUAAGUUUAUAUAUUUAAUUGUAUUAUCUGUAAAAAGAUUUAUUAAAAGUUACGUUCCGUAAAUAAGCGGCAUAAGUCUC